CGCGGAUCGUUUGCACGCGCAUGUCGAGACAUCGAGGCGAUCCAUCCGCAGCCAAUUUCCACCCCGUUCGCGUAACGAUGUCGCGGUGAUAAUCGUGCGAACCGUUUCGGAGAACGCGAGUAACGUUUUUCGUGCGUUCAUCCCCUCCCCCUCCCUUCCCUACCCUGUCAUCCUUGAUCUUCGUUCAUUCGUGGCCGGUGCCUGUUCAGUUUCACGUGCAGAGGGUACACGCGAAAAGAGGAAAAAGCCAUCGAGGGACGCGGCGUGCGAUCGCCGGAUGUCGUUGGACGCCGAGACGUCGUCGUCGAGGGAGGGUGGACCAGAAGAGGACGCCACGAGACGCAUCCAGCGAUAAGGAAGCUCGAUCACAACGAAAGACUCGUAUGAUGGCCAACGAAAGGAUACAGCGACCCUACAGGAAGAAGGACAGAUCGGUCCAGACUUAACCCUUUCGAACCGAACAACUUUACCAGUUCCCGGUCACUCGGAAGUAAAUCUCUGUUCAGUGCUGUCACUGGGCAAAGAUCUGAGCAAGAUCACCAUGCCGGUCGUCUUCAACGAACCGCUUUCCUUCCUCCAGCGGGUCGCCGAGUACAUGGAGUACGCUAAACUGCUCAAGCAAGCAGCCCAAGAAGAAUCUCCGAUCGGUAGGAUGCAGUACGUUGCUGCUUUCGCCGUGAGCGCUUUGGCCUCAAACUGGAAAAGGCUUGGCAAACCCUUCAAUCCGAUACUUGGCGAAACGUACGAGCUGGAGCGCGAGGACUUCCGAAUAAUCUGCGAACAAGUAUCGCACCAUCCACCGGUGUCAGCCUUCCACGCCGAUGACGAGGACUUUGUGUUCCACGGCACUAUACAUCCAAAACUGAAAUUCUGGGGCAAAUCGAUCGAGAUACAUCCAAAAGGCAUCGUCACUGUCGAACUUCCCAAAUGGAAGGAAGCGUACACUUGGCAGAACGUCAACUGUAUACUUCAUAACGUGCUGGUGGGCCAAGUAUGGAUGGAGCAGCUCGGCUGCAUCGAGAUCAAACAAUACGGCGGCGCAAAUUACAAGGCGAAUCUUUCCUUCAAGAGUGGCAGCUGCAACGGGAAGGACCUUCAUCGAGUCGAAGGCUUCAUAACGGAUCAAGAUAAGAAGAAGCUGUUGUUCCUCUAUGGAAGAUGGACGGACAGGAUGAAGGUGUGCGAUCCUAUGCUGUACGAAGACGCUCUGGAAAGGGUGAAACGAGAAGCAAAGAGUCCUCAGGGUAGUCCAGGACCCAAGAAAGUAUUGGCGAAGCUUAACAGUCUUAGGGUUGGAGCCUUCAAGCCGUCCCAUCAGGACGCGAUCGACGAUCCAUCCGCAAGUAUAGACGGAGACGACGCUCCAACGAUCGACGAUAUUCCUGGAUCCACCAUCCUUUGGGAAGUCGCUCCAAGACCGGCCAGUAGUUCAGACUAUUACCAGUUCACGACGUUCGCGAUGUCGUUGAACGAAAUGACACCCGACAUGGAGAAAAUUAUAUGCCCGACGGAUUCUAGACUGAGGCCGGACAUUAGGAAAUUGGAAAAUGGAGAUCUAGAGGUGGCUGGAGCUGAAAAAACGAGGCUCGAGGAGAAGCAACGGAACAACCGCAAGUCACGGAAACACAAGAAAACUCAGGAAUGGACGCCCAGGUGGUUCCAAUUAGGCAUUAAUCCGUACACGGGUCAAGAGGACUGGCUGUACCGAGGCGGAUACUGGGACCGCAAUUACACCAACAUGGAAGACAUUUUUUAAUAAACACGACGAUCCUUGUUUCAUCACGGUAAAUAACAAACGACAAAAAGGUUGUGCGCUCGCAUGUCCUGGCGAGAAGUGGUAUUCGUACAAAAUUGUCGGCACACCGCGCAGAGAAUAAAGCUGAUCGCCCUUUGACCUAUUGUUUCGAUUCUUUAUCGUCGGUCGAACGCUAUUUUCUAAUCGAUCCCAAAGAAAUCUUGUUGUUUGUGUCACUAUUGUAACUAUGAAUAUUAGAACGUAACAGCUUUUACGAGGUGUAAGCAUAAUUCCAAGAGUGAGAGAAACCGGAAAAGGGGAGAAAAUAUCCAGGAAAUGCGAGUACCAAUUUCGAAUCCAGUCGGAGCCCUCUGAGACGAUCAGUCCAAAACAAAGUUGGGCAAAAUUUCAUUCGAGUAAUGGACAACUUAUAAAGCCAACACGGAGCAACUUAUUCACUUUGCUAUCUGCACUGAACGAUAAUUAUUGGGAAAUGUACUUCUAUUAGGUUAGAAAGUCCUCUUUCUAUUUUUAAAGAAUUACCACUCGUCUUUACAAAAUCUAGACAAUCAUAUAAGUUUCUAUAUCAAUUUAUCUUAUUAUCCAGCUGCAUAUAUGUUAUUAUCUAUUUCUUUGAUUCCAAGUCUAUUUUCGUUUCACUAUUUAAAAUUAUAUCUUCUAAAAAGUCUGAUCUGAUAAAAGUACCUUCCCAUGGAACGUCAAUUAUAAAAAUCUCCGUUUUUAUUCCUGGAUGAAAUUCGAUAGCUCUUGGCCAGGACGCGGCGGGAACGGUUUUGUUUCAUCCGGUCGGGGAUGAAUUACUUCACACAAUCGGGAUGUAUUGUACGCUCGUAGCUAGAUUCUCUUUUCAGCGGAACGAGACAAAGCAAGCUUACGCCUCGUUGGUAAUUCCGUAUGCAGGUCGUACGUGCGUAGUCGUGUGUAGAUAAGUAAUCAUACUCGGGGCGCUCGUUGGUCGAGCACGAACCGAGUAACAUAGCGAAAAUUCAGCAACGACGAGCGAAACGCGAUGUCCACGCGCGAAACUCGUCGCUGUCACGUAGCCUAGACAAGGAAUAUCGCGCAACAGCGUAGACUAAAUAAAUAAAUAAAUAAACCAAAGCCUAGUGAUCGAUGUCUAUGCGUAAAAUCCGGCAGCGAGCGAGCCUUUCUCGCGUUAUUUCUAUGGCGGAGAUCCGGACCGUCGAAUGCGUUCACGCCAUAACACAGUUGGGCAGAGCUCCGGAAACGUGGCCAAAACUCAGUCAAUUCACCGAUAUUCUCAACACAAGUACGAUUUAAUAUCGAGACAAAUAUGGUAUCACGCGUGUAAAAUAAUAUUUAAACAUUUCGAUGACGGUUGCUUCUCGGUAAUCACUGUUACCCAUCAAUUUUACCUCCAUUGGUGUUUUCUUCGAAGAUAAUUUAUUUCUUCUUUUUUUCUGUGUAUUAUGUAUAUUGAAAUUUAUGCGAGAGAAAUUGUAUUUAAAAUUAAUAUUAUUCCGUAAGUAAUGUAUGCUUAUUUUAUUCAGAGUUUUGCCGCGUGUAAUUUAACCGUCACUGGUACAUUUUGAGAAUUUUAUAAUUAAAUAUUGCGGCCACGUUCGAUGGAUUUUGUCCCCACCGUGCGCGAAGAUAAAAAUUUGCACAAAGUCCAUCCGUUAGCCGAUGUUUGGUGUACAUAGCGCGGAGGAACGAUCGUCGUGAAAACUUUUUAUAAGAAAAACACACAGGGAGAGCCCCCGAAGCGGCGAAACGACUGCACACCGUUCUGUUCGAUUCACCCUUCAGGCGCCCAAUCCGGGAGUACGCAGCGAUCGCAUAACUUUUCUCACAUGUUCGUUUUUACGAGACGCGUAGCCGCGAGAUUCACCUCUGAUACUAUUUUUAUAAAAACUUAGUCCGGCCGAACCGAAGCGAGGCCGGAGCCACUUCUCUGGAUAACUGAGACAUUUUAGCUUGAUGUAGGUUUCUGUACAUAACAGCGACUGUAUCAUACACUUGUAUCUAAGUAUAAUAAUUUAGGCCAAUUUUACGCACGAAGAGAACGUUAUAGGGGCCCCGAUUAGCUUGGAUAGUCCGCGAUUAAGCUUCACCCAACCACGCAUCGAACCAGCAAUAAUAGCAACAGUUAACCGUUUUUCGUCAGCUCAUUCGAUGCUCGUAGUUUUUCGAGAAACUGUGACUUUGUACAAGUCAAUAUUUUCUAGUUCUCGAAGAUUGUUCCAAAAGUUCUCGGAAUCUCUCGGUCUGAAACGUCUCCAUUUUUCAUUCCACGUGUUCGAAAAUUCUUUAACAAACAACCUGUUACGAAUAUCUUUUCUUCGAGUGAAAAGUCAUAAAGACGACUAGCUUUAUAUAAAUAUCGUAAAUAUAUUUUUCGAGGCAUUAUUUUAAUAGUCUGGGCCCCCAUUCGAAUGGACAACGAACGUAAAAUCUCAACACUAUACUUUGCUUCGAUUCUAUGCUCCGGUUGUUCCCGAAACUUUUGGAACGACCCUCAGAGACGACUUUUGUUUAGCUUUAAACGCGACAAUUGUGAUCGUAAAAUGGUUUCGUUUUUAAGUAACGCAAUUUAGAUCGCUCGAUUGAAGUCUAGACAAUAUAAAGCAAGAUAUUUGAUACUCAACGGUGCCAAUACGAAACAAUAAUAUGCUAACUGCUCCUUCAGUAAUGUAUAGCCGUACGUAUUUGCGAAUCUCUGUCAGCGUAACUUGUAACACCUAGAAUUUAGUUCGGCUUAUCGUUAACGUGUAACUAUCGUCCGACCGUGUUAAUGAUCACGGUUUAGUAACAAUUCGUUUAAACGAAAAUAUGUGGACAUUUAGGCCAGUACAAGUUAUAAAGUACAUUCGUCGUUUCUGACAGCACACUGAUACCCACGACCCACGAGAUUUACUGUACGAGAUCAUUUAAGUGUGUUUGCUUCGUAGAUGAUCUCGCGUCACGAGAAACCUUAAGGAACAUUCAUCGUAACCGAUAUUCGAUCAAUAGAUGUAUGUAUACACAUGUGUAUUCGAAGUAUGUAGAUCCCAUUAAGUAUUAAGCUAAUUGCAGAGUUCCUUUCUCUCAUUUUCGACAUCUGAUUACUCUUGUCAACUUAGAGAAGUUUCAUAACAUUUGCAUUCGUUUCGGUUUAUUCAACUUGGCAGAUAAAGUUGACAUAUUUCACAGACUUAUUUUAUUUGUUCGUUCAGACUUUUCCUUUUUUCUACUGUAGUACUAUGCCAUUGAUUAAAUAUCAGUAUGCUAUUGUCUGUAUACGAAGUGAUAUCAUGCAAACGUUAGUUAGCAUUCAUCAGUAUUAUCGCAAACAGAACAAUACGUAUGUAUUGGACACAUAUAGGAAUUGCCUUUUACGCAAUAAACAAAAAAACAUCUUUAUGCUCCCGCACGACAUUACAACGAUCGUCCUGCUUAUCGCCGUGGACGUGAAUUGUUAUUAAACUUUAAGAACAGGAAUGAUAGCUAUUCCUUCAAAAGCGCCAAUAAUAUUUGUAAGAGCUGAAUCAUCGAGCUCUCAUGCUGUAGAAUAUUAUUGUAUUUACGUUGCAUAGA